CCACGUGGUGCACGCAAAGUCAAGCGAACACCCCAGAGAGCCGGACUGGGAAUGACGGACAGGCGGAGGCUGAGCAGCGGAACCCGUGUAGAUCAGACUGUCUGAAGGCUCGUCCCCGAAGAUGAACAGUGUGGGCGAAGGCUGCACGGAGCUGAAGCGGGAAUACGACCAGUGCUUCAACCGCUGGUUCGCUGAGAAAUUCCUGAAGGGAGAUCGGAGCGGCGAUCCCUGCACGGAGAUGUUCAAGAAGUACCAGUCCUGUGUUCAGAAAGCCAUCAAAGAAAAGGACAUUCCUAUUGAUGGUGUGGAGUUCAUGGGGCCAAAUAAAGAGAAGCCUGGCAGUUGAUGGGGUCUGAAAGGAGCUGAAGGAAGCAGUCAUUCUCUACUGCCUGUUUGUCAGGGAUAUCUUCCUGACUUGGACUGGUGACACUGGCAUCAUCAAGAAGCUCUAGAUAUGAAGACUUGCUUUUGAGUACUUUUUUGGGUACAGGGACAAACUGAGUGGUUGGGUAACAUGCAUCAUAGAAACGUUACUAAUUUGGUAUUUUAAGCAUAAUCAGUGAAAACGCUAUAAAGAUGUUCAUGGUAUGCUCAAUUAGUCAGUAACUGUCAUUGCUUUUGGACAUGUAGGCAAUGUGUACCUGGUGGAUGAUGUUAUGAAUCUUGUAAUGAAUGUUUGAACCAUUGGAUAACUGGAAUAAUGUGAAGCUAUUAACCUGC